AUGGCGGCGAGGCUGAAACUAGGGGUCCUUCUCUUUAUUCUUCUCUUGUUGCUGCUUCGGGUAGCAGAAACGAGCAUGGAGCCCGCUGCCAGUGCGGCGGGGUCUGCGGCGCCACCGGAAACCCGCGCUUCCCCCCAGGCGCAGCCCCGCAGCGGGCCAGCCCCGAUCACUGACGUUGCCAAGCUGUGUGUCUGUGACCUGUUGGUGGCACAGUGCGAUGUAAAUUGCUGCUGUGACCCUGAUUGCAGCGCAGCCGAUUUCAGUCUCUUUACUACGUGUUCGGUUCCUAUUGUCAUAGGUGACAGCCGUCUUUGUAGUCAGAAAGCUGCUGUAUAUUCACUUGAUGUUGAAGCAAAUCCACCAGAAAGGAUAUUUAAAUUAAUUGACCAAGUCAAUCCCAGUGUUUUCUGCAUUCAUGCUACAAACUAUAAACAAGCACUCUCCUUCAGUUCCCCUGAAAUGCCUACUUCUGAAAAUUUUGAUCAAUUGCUUAAACGGUUUGGAAGUGCUGCUUUCAGUGCUGAGCCUGACAGCUGGAAUAUGAACACGGAUGCUCAAAAUCCUUCUGAUGCGAAUGAGACUUACAGAUACGUGUAUGGUGUUCCUAUACAGACGGCGGAUGCAUUUUUAAGACUGCCUAGUCCUGUUGUCUCCUCUUGGUGCUCUGAUGCAAAUCCUGCAGGGUUUUUAGUAAACCAGGCUACAAAAUGCACUAGAUCAGUAAGCGUGGAAAAAUGUGGCAACAUCCAAGCGGUCAGUAUGCUGUUCUAUAUCAACUCCAGCAUUUUAGCAGUGCCCAAAUCAAGUCAGAUGGUGAAUAUUACUGUCCAGUCCAUAGCUGUCCAGUCUCUGAAUGGAAUGCGGUCUUUACUUAAUGGUGGUGAUGUCCUCAGGCUCCCUAUGAUUUUGGAUGAACUGUGCAUAAAUAUAGUUCUUGGGGUGAGUUAUCACAUUACGUACACAGACGCAGGAGAGAUAAUAGAAGCAGCUGCUUCUUUUGUCCUGGGGGCAAUUAACCAAGCAGCACUUUCAAUACAGCAGCACUUCGAAAUCAGCUUUACUCAGGUGGAUACAAAGCCGGUUCCUCUCAGUGGUAAUCCUGGUUAUGUUGUUGGACUGCCUAUAAGAGCGGGCUUCCGGCCACAAGGAUCUGGCAUCAUUCAGAAUACUAACAAAUACGGUCAACUUACCAUUCUGCAGAGUACAUCCAACCAGGACUGCCUGGCAGCACAGGGAGCCAGAACGCCAAUAUUAUUUGGUUAUAACAUGAUAUCAGGCUGUAAGUUACGAAUUACUGCAGCUAUGAAAUGCCAGCUUUUGACUCAGACCCUCCUAGAUCUACUGAAGGGACAAAGCUUUCCCGAAUACGUGGCCUCGUUUGGAAAUUCUCAAGCCCACAAUGUGCUUGACUGGGUGCCGAUAACUCACCUCCGCAUCGCAGAACAGAGCUCAUGCCAAAUACCAGUAGCACUUGAAAUAGAAGUGAAGUGGACUAAAUACGGAUCCCUGGUCAAUCCACAAGCCAGAAUAGUCAACGUUACAGCAACAAUCACUACCACCACUUUGAAGCAGCUUCCCUCAGGAAGGGAAAGGACUAUUCCUAUAAUCAGUUCUGUUGCUUUCACUGAUAUUUCUUCACCUGCAGAGCCAGGCUAUAAAGCUUGGCCCACCAUUAACGUCAAGUUACCUUAUGAUUUUUUCUUUCCAUUUGUCUAAGGUAAGU